AUGCCGUUAUUAGAUACUUUCAAGAGUUUCAUCCAGUCACCGACCGAAUCGAAGGUGAAGCAGGCGACCAGCGAGGACGAGACGAGUGGGGCGACGGGGACAUUGAUGAAUGAGAUAUCAAUUUUGACAUACAGCCCUAAGACAGUGCGAGAAAUCAUCCAGGUGAUACGGAAACGGUUGUUACUUGGGCAAAACAGGAGAAAUUCUCACCGCAAUUGCAUUCAGGUGAUGAAGACACUGACUCUGGUGUCCUACCUGAUGAACAACGGGUCCAAUGAGUUCAUCAAGUGGCUAAAAGGUAACAUGAUAUUGAUUGAGAUCCUAGAGAACUUCCACAUCCAGGACGUUCGGGAUGAACGCAAGCGCGAAGAGAUUCGCAAACUGAGCAGGAACCUUUUAGAACUGCUGCAAGAUGACGGGCUGCUAGAAAAACAGCGCAAGGAUGUGAUCCAAUUCAGGUCAAGCAUAUCAACCCCGGGCAGAAAAUCCACGGACAACAGCCAUUUGAAGUUGGAAGAAGUGAGAAACGAGCUCACACGACAGAGCCUAGAGAAGAAACCCAAACCCGCCACUACCAGCACUAGUCUGGACUUCCAGAGACAACGAACCAGCAACACGCACGAAUACUCCCGCUUUUCGUUGGAUCCUUUGGUGGAAGAAGACAGCGAGGAUAUUUCCGGCGCAGCUGGCGGAACAAGCAGACUCUCUUUUAGGCCUAAGUCCUCGAACAACCCGUUUAGAUGA